ACAGACAGACAGACAGACAGACACGCACGCACGCACGCAUAGAAGAACAAGAAAAAAACAGGCUAGAGAAAGAGAAGAGCAAGUGACCCGGCGCUAUCGGCCCGUGUGCCGCCGUGUAUAUUACAGAGCAACAAAACAGCAGCAGCUGCGGUGAGCCGCUGUGCGUUGAGUGUCUCCGUUCGCCCGUAUGUUGUGCUGCUGCGUCUGCUGCUGCUGUGCCGGGUGCUGUGCUGCUGUUUAUGCUGUUGUAGUGGUUGCUUCUGCUGCGGCCGCUGAUGCUGCUGCUGCUGCUGCUGUGAGUGAGCUGCUAGUUGAGCAGAGGCAGGGAAGCAAACUAGCUGCCACUGUUACGACGACGACUAGUGCUACUCCAGGCAGGCAGCAGGCAAGAAUUGUUCAUGUGGUCGACUAGGUGGAUGGGUCGGUCGGUUGAUCGGUCCGGUGAUGAUCGGGCUGCUUGUGUAAAGUGUACAGUAUGAAAUUGUAGUAAUUAUGUAGUGUGGUUUGUUGCUGACGACGACGGAAUACCGUCCAAAUUUUAAUGAGUUUUUAGCCAACUGAGGAAAAGUGAGGAAAGUUCAGUGUUUAUUAUUGAGUUCACCAGCAUCACCGCUACAAUCGUCGUUACCAUCGCUGCUCUUGCAGCGGCUGCUGCUACUGCUGGUCUUGGUGCCUACAUGAAUGACUACUGCGAUAGCUAUUAAGAUUGAGACUUAGUAGUGUGUCAACUAGUUCGCUGAGGGCAUGUGUAUCCGUGUGCCUGUGAGUUCCGCUAGUAGCCCGUUGAUGGUACUCGACUGAUGGGCUUAUUGUUGUUGUUGUUGUUGUUGUUGUUGUUGUUAUUGUUGUUGUUACGCUGGUGUGCUUAAAACUAGUUGAACUGUGACUGUGUCAGCAAGCUCUAGCCCCAGCCAAUCGGAGGGCUUGAAGAAGCACCCGACAAAAAUCAUCGUGUCUCAUUCUACCCUGUGUCCACCACUGCUCCGUCCUCCGCCUUUGGCGACUGGGCGGUAGCGAGCGAUGCCCGAAAGGCGGCCACAGAUUCUCGUCGCCACCGCCACCGCCACCGCCACCGCCCCAACGACUCUGUGCCCCUCGACAACAACUAAACCCGUGCUACUCCCGUUGCUGUUGUCGUUGUUAUUGUCAGCGUCGUUGACGUUUUUGUGGCCGCCGCUGUACUUGAGUAUUGUCACUGUCGUAGCCAUAGCCGUCACGCUCACGGACAUUACGAUUACUAUUAGUGCCAUUAUUAGCACGUCGUUAUUCGACCAACGGAAACAGGAAACAACUACCAUCCUUGUUCAAAAUCUGAAUCGUCGCCAGCAGCAGCAGAUUCAACAACAGCAGCGGUUCGAAACAACAGUUCCCAAUACCGAUCAUACCGUUCACAGCUGCUACUGCGGUCGCUGGGGUAGGUAUUGUUGUUGUAGUUGUCGCUGCUCCUCCUACCUUCAUAGUAGUUCUAGGCAACCCCAAUUGCCCCCGUAGCUGAUUGGCCUUGCCGUGCCCUUGUGCUUAUCAUGGAAAGACUACGGUUAGGCUCGUUUAGCAAGGGUGACCACCUGGCUCGUCGUAGCAUGUCCCAUGUUAUGACGGCGCCGACGGUAGCUGAGAUGCCCGCCGAGGCACCGCAGGCCCAAGCGUCUCGGUGUGUCAUCGUGCAACGCGAUGAACGAGGCUACGGGCUCACGGUGUCUGGGGAUAACCCUGUUUUCGUACAGGACGUCAGACCGGGCGGUGCUGCUGCCCGUGCCGGGGUCCAGGAGGGUGACCAAAUCCAAAAAGUCAACGGGACUUUAGUAACUAGUUAUAAUCAUCAGGAAGUUGUACAGCUUAUCCGUAGCGGACAAUAUGUGGCGCUGACUUUAAUUGGGCCCUCACCAGGCCAGCAUCCUCCGAUGCAGUCAGCCCGCCCAUUUCCAAGUUUGUCACGGGGCACGAGCUUCAUACUCGUUCAGGGUAGUCUGACCCCAAAUCAGACGCGAAGUACAACUGGCCAGAAAAAGGACGAUGCGCGGGACCGUAUCACAGGUCCUCAGCCAGUUGACGCCGACGUGAUGGCGCAAUGUAACAAUACCACUCUACAGACGAUACAGCGAAUGCUAAGCGAGAGCGUACGGCAGAGGCAGCAGCUACUGAAUAAGAUGAGUGAAGGCGGUGUUGGCGGAGAUAACAAUGAACGGCUGCGCACCGACCUGGAAAACGUUCAACGCACAAUUGAAAAGCUGGAAAAGCAAAUGCAACAAAUGCGGCGUUCCCAAGGAUCAAAAGCUGCGGCCACAACACCACCGCCCUGCAGUAGUAUGCCGUCUCGUGAAGCGACCCCUGACCUAGGAAAACAGCCUCCGCGACGCGCGAAAAGUAGUGGAACGCCAGGUAGAAGCAUGACAAGUUCUGCUUCGAUGGAAAACAUACCUAUUUCGCCAUCUCACUCUGGCAAUCCACACACACUUUCUCUUAGCACCCCUCCUGCAAGGGCUCAGCUGCUCGGUAAUCACCACAGACAGCGAUCGUCGCCCGACUCCCUAAUCUACAGGAGCCCCUGUGAGGAGGGAUCGACUAUGGGCCCGUGGACGCCGUGCUCGGGGGGCGUGACGUCUGCAGGCGUCACUGCGAGCACGGGACAAUUGAUCGUUCCGGACCUAGUAAAACCUCCUCUCGGGGAGCCAGCAGAUGUGGGGGGCACGCCGAAUGAGGCUUACGAAUAUGACACUGAUGAUAGCUCACCACUGCUGCAGUCAAAUACGAAGCCAAUGGCCAAUCGACCGCUGCCUCCCUUACCUCAAACCGGUAUCACUUGCUGCGAUCCAAAUGACGGUCGAGCGCCAUUUGAGCAUCAGGAUUCGACAGAAAGUGAUGCCGGCCUAAAUCUUUUCGCACCUGAUCAGAGUGGGUUUACGACGCUUGGUGAAGCUGGAGCUCUGCCUGGCCUAGGUGAAUCACUUCUUAAAGGCUGGAAAGUGCUGCGCCAACCAAUUGAAGUAGCCAUGUUUUUACACUACCUUCUGCAAAAUAACAUGAAUCCAGCGCCAUUUCUGUUUUACAUCAUCGUCGAACAGUACAAAAGUGGCAAACAGCACGACAUGUCCAAGUGGGCUUACGAGAUCACGUCAACAUUUCUUGCGCCGAACGCCCCGUUGUGCAUUGAUCCGACAUUAGAUGACGACGUUCUUCAAACGAUUGACACUUACAUGAGGCUGAUCGAUGAGGGUUCAACCGUCACGGAAACAGAACUGAGAGAAAUAUUCGUCCGCGCACGAAUGGCAGCCACCAUACACCUCAAGCCGCAGCUCGAGGAGUUUCAACGGGAUGUCGAGUCCAAAACCUGCGACUAUCAUCACGGCAUCACCGAGUGUGAUCAUGGAGAUACUAUCAAGGACUGGGAAACGAUAUUGUUGGCGCUUUGCAAGACAAAAUAUCCGCUGCAGGACCAAGUCGAUACUUUACCCAAUCAGACCGGCGCCAUGUUAUCAGCUAUAGCCACUGUACUCAAGCUGACUGUCGUUAAGACGGAGGCAGGGUUGAAGGUCCUGGAACAUAUUCCCACCUUUGUCUCAAAGGAGAAGACUCGUAAUAAGCUUAAUCUGUUUCCACCGCGCGCCAAAAAGCCUGUUGUCAUAGCGAUACUUGGCCAUAGCUUUCAGGGUCAACAUUAUAAUCGAGUGAUGCAUUGCAGCGUAUGCCAAGAUAUCUUGUGGGGCGUAGGCGAUCAGGGCCUUCAGUGCAGUAAUUGCGAUAUGAAUAUACAUAAGCAGUGCCACAAAAAUGUUGACGAGAACUGCGUAGGCGAAGGAACUCGCGGUAAAAAAGCGACUCGUCGGCCCACAACUGGAAGCUUGUUUCGCAAAGAUGAUAACGACUCGGCAACCGAACUUGACAAACUGUCUGGCAGCUCUGGAGGUUCACCGCUGUCCACGUCUCGAGCCCCUGUGGGACGCUCCGAAAGCUUCCGUCAAAGAAGGGAAAGCAGAAACACAUUACGAAAGCGCUCCGACCCGAACAUACCACGGUCGAAAUCAGAUGUCGAUGCCGACGACAAACCCCGUAUGGACAAGAUGGUGCACUCGGACAGUGACAUGGAUUGUGAUGAUGAACUACCUAAAUGGGAAGACCUUGUCGGUUUCGAGACAGUUCGACAGCUUAAACCCAAGGAAAAGAAGCGACAAGACGUACUGAAUGAAUUGUUUCACACAGAGCGCCUUCAUGUUCGAAAGUUGAAGAUUCUUUCUACAGUCUAUUACGAACCUCUCAUGAAACUCCUCGAUCAGAGUCUAUUAGGCAAACUUUUUCCAAAUCUUCAUGAGCUCAUUCAAAUUCAUUCUGAGCUGAACCAGAAGAUGAAGUUUAAAAGAAAGCAGGAACCAAUUGUCGGUAAUAUGGGCCCUAUAAUGCUUGAGUUCUUCACCGGAGAAGGUGGAUCAAGACUAGAACUGGCUAUUGCAACAUUUUGUAAAGAUCAAACAACAGCACUUGACGAACUUAAAGCCAAACAGAAGAAAGACCCAAAACUGCAACAAUUUUUGGCGGAGGCGUCCAUGAAAAAAGAAUGCGCAAAAUUACACCUCAAAGAGAUCAUUGCCACUACACAUCAAAGACUUACUAAGUAUCCCCUAUUGCUCGACCAAGUGUUAAGGUAUACACAACCGGGAGAAGAGUACGACCAAAUUAAUAUGGCCCGAGAGAGCUCAAAGAGAAUCCUCGCCAAAGUCAAUCGGACCAUAGGCGAAAUAGCCAACCAGAACCGAGUGCGUGAGGUCGAAAAGCAUUUAGAAGUUUGGCCACCAAAGGAAAAAAAUACCUACAGUGACGAGCGCUUUAAGGACGACAAGCGAACUGACGAGAGCGGCGGAAAAAAGAAAGAAAAGCAGCAGAAAAUAGAAGUCCAUCCACUAUUUUCUGAUCCGACGCUUUCGAAACACAAGCUUAUUCAUGAAGGCGUGCUGGAGUGGAAGCUAACUAAAUCGAAAUCAAUAGAAAUCACGGCUAUGCUGUUUGAUGACUUCCUGAUCCUCCUCCAAAAGCAGGACGACAAGUACCACUUACGCUAUCAUACGCGAGAACUAUCUGAGGAGACGUCCGCCUUUACUCCGCCAGUCAUUGACUUCCCGCGGCAAAAUUGGUCCAAAAUAAUCAAUAUUCGCGAUGUUGCGACUAAUAAAAUGGGAUUCUUUCUCGUUGAUAUCAGCACAUCAAACAUCUACGAAUUUGUGGCACAUUCGGUAAGCGACAAAAAUAAGUGGCUUGACAGGAUUGUGAAUCGGGAGCAAUAUCUCCAGGAGGAAACGGAACCACCACUAAUAUUUCCUUCAACGACUACUACCGCCACGGGAGAUGAAUCUAAAGAUACACGGAAACCCAUCAUUCGAAGCCAAGACGAAGACCGUGUCUAUCAGAUCCUCGAGGAAAAGCCCAUGCAGAAUUAUAGAGACGCAGUGAUGGAAGAACCGCCAGUGAGCCAACAACUGGAGACUGCGCAGCCUGUGAUCACGCUUCCAGCGCAAUUGCAGCGUAUUGAUAAUGAAAUCCAUCGACUUCUGGCUGAAAAGGCGGCCCUCAUUGCAGAGAUGAUGGGUUCACCUACAGAGCAGCUACUUCCAGAUAUCACUGAAGAGUCCGAAGCUGCGCGAGAUCCACUGGGCCUAAUCGCCGAUAUUUUCACGUGCACCCGUGAACUACAAGCCGUCAUUAACAAGGGGCUAAGUGCACCCGAACCCGGUCCGGGAGAGGCCGUUGCAGUCGACAAGUUGCUUUCAGCCAAGUGCCCUAAUAUGCCCUGCAUUCCAGUGAAUAACGUCCUUGAACCUUGUCAGCGUCUAUACGGCAAUUGUAUGGCACUCUCUCAAGGAAUAGGGCUCUUUGAUCGGAAAGCUCUCCUAGCUGGCACUAGGCCACAAACAAACUUCGAUCAAGUCGUGUCUGACCAACCAGAGCAGUUUGAAUCUUCAACGUUGUUAACGCAACACUUUAUUGGGAACAGCUAUGAAACUCAUGUCAGUCCCGACCAAAUUUAUGCUAACUUGAGUCCGAACAACAAUCCCACUGAAUCGGCUGAUGAUUCUAACAACAACGCUAACGCCGACAGUAGCAAUGAUCUACAACAACAACAAGUAGAAACCAUCGAUCCUGUGUCCUCUGAGUCAAUUAAUGAAGUGGAGUAAAUGACGAUGCAUAACACAACAAAAGAAGCAACAGCGCAAAAGUUCACAACAAUCCAUAAUUCGGACUUAAAUGUCACUUUUUCAGGACUGAUAAAGGGUUCUCUGGGUCAAGUGGGUUGUUCAGUACCCAACGUGACGGCCAACAGAGAUAGGUUAAAAACCUAGGCCGGAGAAACAGUUUGACAUUAGCGCGAUGACUUAAGUGGCGAUCAUGGGGAGGCAUCGACAAACAACCACAGGAUUUCCUGAACUAACGUCUGCGCUUUUUUAGCAGUCAACAGUCAUCUCGUGAAACCUUCAAAACUACCAGAGGCCAUCAGACAUAUCGGAACUCCCCAUUUUCACUCUGCAAUGAAUUGGUCUUUUUAACGACAUCCCAUGUCUGCAUAAAUAUGAUAUCGUAGACGACCCAUAUUUAUUAAUGAGUACAUAUCGCACAUGACUGCUAGCUAUUCGGCAAAUGAUGGGCUCGAAUCCCUUGGCAUAAUGAUAAGCAACAAUGAACCUGUCUUCAAAGUUCGAAUCAAGUAAACAGGGGCGACACAAAACGCUGCGCCGUAUAGGUAGAGUAGCCUUCAUCGAGCAGUGUAGUUAUAUAUGUAAGCUUGUUGUCAUUUAACUCCUGGAAAUAUAUUUUAACUUCGAUAGAAAUGGUGCGAUAACCUCACGUCCCUGGGCACAUAUAUUAGCAGUUCAGAUUACUUGAAAUCACUGUUGUGGUGGAACUGAACUGGAGAGUAACGGCAACGAGUGUCUACUGCUUUUAGCGCAUUUAGUCUGGUACCCUGCGGGGAUAAUGUAUUAAUAUCAAGCUAUCUAGUAACUGUCAACGUCUUAUCUCGGUGCCAAAGUGUUGCAAUGCUACCAUACCUGAUCGAAUGACGUGCCUCUUCCACACCUAAUAGCAGAAUGGAGUGGUUUUAGCCAACUGUUCUAUGCCCUAGAUGUGCCUUUAAACCUUGUCCAAUGUGCCUUCAAUGAGAAAGCUGGCAACACAGGUGUCAGGUUUUGUCUCGGACAAAACACUUUUUUGUCCACCUGCCUCACUUACCACGCUGCAACUAUGUCUUAUUAUGUGAAAGAGACCAUAGUUCACAUAAGUACACAGACUUAGGUCUCUUUUUUGUAGGUUAGGAACCGGACAAGCCAGAGUCAUCUGGCCGCUUUGUAGACAGAUUCUCGUUUUGUGAUUUUCUAAUUGUUCUUUUGUUGGCAGGACCCCUCCGUCUUCAUACUCCGUUUACUAGUACUAGCUGCUGUGAAUCAACUAAACUAUAAUAUUUCGAGGCGCCUACGUGACAGUCAGUGGGUGCUACCUGUUGUUACAUAUAAAUAAUAUUAACAUUAAAUUUUUUAUUACAUAGUGGUCAUGUAAAAUAUUUUCACACGGGGUGUGCCCUUCAAUCUAUAUAAAUAUAUAUAGAUACAGAAGUUAUUAUUGAAUAGGAAGAAACACGUAGUGAGGGACGUGCGGGUGCGGGUGACGUUACAUGCCUAAGCUGGGUCCAGUUUUAGGUAGACACUGAACGGUUCUUCUUUAUUACACCAAUCAUUUAGAACUAUUUUGAUGAUUGGACGACAUAUUCGCCACUUGCGACAAAAGAUGAAAAAAGAGGCGAGAAGGAGACGACGACGGUGGCGGCUAUCCUUCAAUCUGAACUGACCGCCUGACCAUAUUCUAUUCGUUGUACAACUCUGACGAAUGACAACGAUGGUUAUGAGAAUGUUGAUGAGAAGUCUUCUAUGUGCACACAAAUCACGUUUAUUCAUUAUGACCAGCAAGGGAUUAUCGGAAAACCCUACGGUAUUUAUUUGUAUCGUGGAUAUAUAUGUAUAUGUACGUAUGUCUGUGCUGGGCAACUUUACUUGGACAAAAAAUAUAACGACGUGCUUUUAGCAUUCAAACCGAAAGGGUAAAACCGCAGAUGCAGUUCUAACCUAAAGAGUAUCUUCAUAACGAAGCAGGAGGCGGUGGGCGGACUAGACCGAAGGAAAGAGAAGCAACGGUGCGAAAGCCGACAGACCAAAGUGGCCGAAGGGGCGUAAUUCUUUCAGAAUAGUCGAAUCGAAUGGGAAAAGAAAAGCAUAUAGGGCAGCGAACCAAGUUGAGGCACUGCUGUAGCAAUUGGGAGUAUUUUAAGCACUUCGAAGCAAAUACAUUUUUCUAUUUAUUUUUUAUCUAUAUAUAUGUUCUAUCUAUAUAUGUUUUACGACAAAAACCGCUAAGAGAUGCACUGAUUGCGGAUCGUAGAUGCGAUGUAAGAAGGAAGUCUAGUGAAACCCACGUUGAAUCAUCGGUCAAUUACGGGAAUCGCGGAAAGAAGCGAGAGAAGACACGUCGAAAACGGAAGCUGGACGAAGCGCCCUCUCCACUGGUCCUCCCUCCCUCCCUCUCGCGUUAUGGCUGUCGCACACUCUAACCGAUCGAUGACGAUGUUGUGCACGCCUCGUGGUUUCAUCAUCGCCACCACUACCGUUAGGACUUCUAUAGCUAUUACAAUUAUUACUGAUAUUAUAUUGUUGCUACUCUGUAAACUGUUAACAAAAAUUGACCGAAGUGCAAAAUACCUGGACCAGAAGGACGAACGAUUUUGUUUGCAAGUUAACGAGAGACAAUCAUGUCUCAGAAUAGGAAUUAAAGCCUUAAACUAAGCGAGUGGAGCGUCAACGACACUCAAUGGCUAUAUUACGAUAUCUUUUAUAUAUUAUGAAACAAAUGAACGAUGAAAUUGUUAGAUAGCAUCGUCGUGUAUAAAGUUCAUAUUUAAAAAAAGAAAAACAAUAGAGUGACGAUUAUGGGGAUACUGAUCAUGACCAUAUCUAUAAAAAAGAAACAGAACUGUCUGAUAUUUGAUAAUUGCUGAAUGCUAUUAUUAUUAAUAUUAUUUACAACGAAGACGCGAAGGGUGACUGUAAUUAGCAAAAUAGGUAGCACUCCUCAGUGGUCGAAGACGGGAAAUGCGGUACGCGAAGGCAGUUCAAUGGAAUAACAAGAACAUGAUGUAGAAGGUAUUGUCAUUUAGAAGGAUGUAAGGGUGAUAGGCCUCAAUAGGCCCGAUGGAGGCGGUAUCGAUAACAACGACCAUAUCAAUAGAAAAUAAAACAGGAUGUUCAAGAAGGGAUUCAUUACGGAAUCGUUUUUGCUCUAAUAGUAAAUUAUGAUUAUGAAGUGGUAACAAUUGACAAAACCAGGGAACACGGCGAAGGAUCAGGAGCAGAAUUCAGUGGUAGUAAGUAAAAUUAAGCUGGAAAACGAGGCAACCGACUGGCAAAGUAGAAUGCGAAAAACACAAAAUAGUAAAUAUAUCAGAACUUUAAUACUAUUCGUAGGGUAUUCGAAGAUCAGUAUAAAGGUAACUGAGCAAUGAUUCGAUGGGCUUAAAAGGGAAAAAACAAUUUAGGAGCAUUUAUUACUUGGACGAAUAGUAGUCCGGUAAAAAGCAGCCUUCCGCUGUGUCGAGGUGACGCUCUAAUGUACUGUCGUAGGCAUGGUCGAUUUUUUGGCGGGAUGCUGCUGAAUAACUUCGUAUUCGUUCAAGUUGAACAGAUGAAGGCCGGUCGUAUGUGUGCCUUUAUCCAGAUUAUUCUUACUGAAAUUGUUUUUAUCAUAUCUAUAAAAAACGACAAUAACUACAAGAUAAAAAUUAUAUAU